GCCGGGGCCGGAUUUGGGACCGGGACCGGGACAGCGGCAGCGGCGGCGGAGAGAGGUUAUCGGGAGCGUUUAACCAGGCUCACCUCCUAACUGGCUGUGUGCGCUGGAGAGGCGUAUUGACAUGAAAACGAUGGCAGCCAUCAGGAAGAAGCUGGUGAUCGUAGGAGAUGGUGCCUGUGGAAAAACGUGCCUGCUGAUUGUGUUCAGCAAGGACCAGUUCCCUGAGGUCUAUGUGCCCACCGUGUUCGAGAACUACAUUGCUGACAUAGAGGUAGACGGGAAGCAGGUGGAGCUGGCCCUGUGGGACACAGCGGGACAGGAGGACUAUGACAGACUGCGGCCCCUCUCGUACCCGGACACAGAUGUUAUCCUCAUGUGCUUCUCCGUUGACAGCCCGGAUAGCCUCGAGAACAUCCCUGAGAAAUGGACACCAGAGGUGAAGCACUUCUGCCCCAACGUGCCCAUCAUCCUGGUGGGCAACAAGAAGGACCUGCGCAACGACGAGCACACGCGGCGGGAGCUGGCGAAGAUGAAGCAGGAGCCGGUGAAGCCAGAGGAGGGGAGGGACAUGGCCAACAGGAUCAACGCCUUCGGCUACCUCGAGUGCUCAGCCAAGACAAAGGAGGGCGUGCGGGAGGUCUUCGAGAUGGCCACCCGAGCGGGCCUGCAGGUCCGCAAGAACAAGAAGCGCAGGGGCUGCCCGCUGCUGUGAGCAGCCAGAGCGGGACCACGCGGUGCCGGUACCUGCCCUGAACCCUCUGCACCGGAGCUGCCACACGAGCCUGCGGGGUGUCCCUGCGAGGCUCCAGAGCCACCAGUGCCUUCAGUACCCACUGCUCUCUAUGGGUGGGCAUUAGCGUAGCUGCCCAUGUCGCCCCAGUCUGUACCCAUCUCCCUGGUUCUGCCUCUCCCGUGGGGAUGGUUGUGGUGUUCAUGCUCCCUUCCCAGCUCCAUGCAGAAGCCACAGAGGUGGGGAGGUGCUGCUGGCUGUGCCCACAGCUCCAGUGUGGGGUCUGCUGGGCCCUCACGGUGCUCUGGGCUGUGAGGACAGCACACACUGUUCCAGACAGAUGUGCUCAGGGCAGCUUUCAGCCCAUCCCCACGUGCAGAGCUCCUGGGACCUGUGCUGGGGCAGCACCACAGCCCAGCGCUGCCAGUGACACCUCUUGGGGUGUGCCUUGGUCACGGACUGAGCACAAGGAACUGAACUGCCUAACUGGGACAAUAAAUGCAAACCAGUAUUUUAGUAA